AUGAGGCCGGCCCCAUCGCGGGAAACGACCAAGCCUUCAAGUCUGAAGCCAGAGAAGGAUAAUAAAAGAAAGAGGGUCUCGGAGCCUGAAAACCCUCAAGACAAGAAAUCCUCCACUCGAAGGCUACGAAAAAGGUUUGCUCAAAUGGGAACAGACUCAGCCCAUGACUCCCCGGAUGGUGAGGAAAAUGAUGGGGAAGAACCGGCACUGGUAACUCGGACCGGGAGGUCAGUCGAGGCCAUUAAGACUUCCGAACUAGAAAGUCCACCUUGUGGUGAGGAUGCCCGAAAGGAAGAGACGGGCAAGGCCCCCGUAUCCCCGGAGGUUGAGAUUGUCCCUCCGUCUUCAACAACUAUACCAAAGGGGGUAAAUGCUGAGGCCCCCGAGGUUAAUGAGAACGCCCCGAGUGAGGAGCUCGGGGCCGCGACAACAAGUCAUUCUCUUUCAUUGCCAACAUAUUUUGGGGAGGCAAUCGAGGAAGCCAACACUUUACAUAUGCCCGACCCAAGUAAGGCUGUUGCAAAAUUCAAGGCCGAGCUGAAACAAUGUGAGGUCGAGCUCAAGAGAGUCUCAGGCGAAGAGAAGGCCUUGAGGAUCCUUUGUAGUCAAAAGGAAGAGGAGCUUAAGGACCUCCAGACUUCUUUGGCCAAAGCUCAAAAAAGCGAGUCCGAGUUGGACGAGCAGCUGCAGCAAAAGCUGGACAUGAUUGGGCAGCUCCGGGGCGAGGUGAACCAAGUUCGGGCUGAUUAUCACCAGUGGAAGGAGAACAUGGAUCGACUCAACGCUGAAAAGGAAGUUGUUAAGGCUCAACUGACCUCGGAAAUCGAGGAGCUGGGGGCCGAACUGGCUAAAGCCUAUAGUGAAGCUGCAUAUGCUAAGGCUGAAGCUGCACAAGCCAAGGCCGAGGCUGAGAAGACGAAGGUUAUGGCCGAUAAAUCCAUCGCUAUAUACCAGAAAGAAGCCGCAGCCAUUCAAGCUGAGUUGAAGGCAGCCUCUAACCGGGCGAAAUCGAGCAGUGAAUUGGCUAAGUGUCAAGCCCGGAGGGAGACUCUCGAGGAAGUCCGUGCUCGAGGAUUUGAUCUUGCCGAGGAGAUAGCCGAAGCACAAGCACGGGAAACCCAUGCUAGGUUUCUUGUGUCUUAUGAUGAUGAAGACGUGGUGAGUGGCUCCGAGGAUGGGGAAAGUGAGGAGAAUGCUCCUGAAGGGGAAGAGGCUCGAGAAGAUAAAGCCAUUGGAGAUGAAGACGUCACUCCUGGGGACGAGGCUCCGAAAAUAGAUUAG